UAAUUCCUAAUUUCAUUUUCUUUAAAAUCACCUAUAAAAAUAAUUAAAUUCACCUUCCUCCCCAAAUCUCUCUCUUUCUCUCUUCUUCGAAAUUCUCCUUCUCCUCUUUUUCUCCAGAAACUAAAAAAAAAAAUCUCUUCGUUUUCAUAAAUUCUCAUUUACUAUAUAUAAAAAAAAACCUUUCAAAUUCUUCUUCUUCAAGAAAAUGGCGGUGGAUCUUUUAUCGGAAAAUUCUAAUAUGAGUCCAAGAAUCUCAUUUUCACGUGACUUUUGUCAAUCAGACGCAAUACCAAUCGAGAAACGUCCCUUAAGAUCAUCAAACUCUAAACCGUCAAGCCUCAAUUCAAGCAUUGAUUUCGAUUUCUGCAUUCCCGGCGGCGUAAAUUCCGGCGAAAGCUUCGAUCAAGGUUCUUGGUCCGCUGAUGAACUCUUCUCUAACGGCAAAAUCUUACCAACAGAAAUCAAGAAAAAACCAGAACCGGGAAAAAAAGAACCCGAAUCGAAAGAUACAAAACCGGUUAAGACUAAACCAGAUUCAAGAAAACAGAGGAAACAAAACGAAGAACAACAAGAAGACGACGUGAUAAUCACGACGGAGGAGAAAACCAAUACGAAGUCGUUUUGGGGGUUUAAGAGAAGCAGUAGUUUAAACUGUGGAAGUACUUAUGGUCGGAGUUUAUGUCCGUUACCGUUACUAAACCGGAGUAAUUCAACCGGUUCAACGUCGAGUAAACAAAAACAGAGCAGCUCAAGGAAACACAACGAACAUGUGAAGCUACAACAAUCUUCAUCGUUGUCUUCUUCUUCCUCUGCUUCGUCUUCGUUGAGUAAUAAUGGUUUUUCGAAACCACCAUUGAAGAAAAGCUAUGGAGGUUAUAGUUAUGGUAGUCAUGGAGGUGGUGGGAUUAGAGUGAGUCCGGUUAUAAACGUUGUUCCUUCUGGGAAUUUGUUUGGUUUUGGUUCGAUGUUUUCUGGUAAUGGAAGAGACAAGAACAAGAAGAGAUAAAAUGUAAGAAUAGAUAUGUUUUCUGGUUUUACUGUUUUAUUCUUCUUCUUCUUCUUGUUCUCUGAAACUCUGAAGAUUUUCUGACAGUGUGUUUUGUGGAUCCCAUGCCAGUAUUAUUAUUUUUUAGACUAUUGUGGUGUAAUUGUGUUUUGUUUGAUUUGUUAGUUUGUGUUUUUUUUUUUUUAAUGUUAAAAUUUAGAUUUGUUUUUAAUAAGAGGAUGCUAAUUUCAGAUA